AUGGCGCAGUGCGUGCGUCGGCUGGUGCUGGCGGCGACGCUCGCCGCUGCGGUGGCGCUGCUGCUGUGCACGAGCAGUGCGCCGGUGGCGCGUGCUGCUGGGACGGGCGACUUCACUGAGGAGCAGCAGACGAACACGCUGGCGGUGCUGCAGGCGUUUGGGCGUGCGAUCCCUGAGCUUGAGAAGAAGUGGACGGGCAACGACUUCUGCUCGUGGGACCACGUAGCGUGCGUGUCAGUCAACGUCUUCGUAAGUCUCGAUGUUUCGACGUAUGCCGGCACGCUGCCGGAGAUGCCUGUGGGCGUCGACUACAGGCACGUCAUGAUCCGGGACCUGGGGUUCUGGAAUAUGCCACUGCUGAGCGGGACGCUGCCGGACAGCUGGAGCAAGCUGGAAAAACUGACUUUCCUUACGUUGUUGGGCAACAAAGUGAGCGGUACGCUGCCCGCCUCAUGGCACUCGAUGACAUCUUUGGAGUCGUUGUCGAUUGAAAAGUGUGAAAGCAUCUCCGGCGCGCUGCCGCCCCAGUGGAGCUCGAUGAAAUCGCUGAGUUUUCUCAAUCUGGAUGGCGCGAAGGUCUCCGGCAGUCUGCCUCCUCAGUGGAGCUCGAUGAAAUCGCUGAGAACUCUCGAUCUCGGGGAUACUCAGGUCUCCGGCAGUCUGCCUCCUCAGUGGAGCUCGAUGACAUUGCUAAGUUUUCUCAAUCUGGAUGGCGCGAAGGUCUCCGGCGCGCUGCCGCCCCAGUGGAGCUCGAUGACAUUGCUCGCCGUUCUCGAUGUGCAGGGCACUCAGGUCUCCGGCACGCUGCCGCCCCAGUGGAGCUCGAUGAAAUCGCUGAGUGUUCUCAAUCUGCGGGGCACAAGCAUCUCCGGCAGUGUGCCCCCCCAGUGGAGCUCGAUGACAUCGCUCGCCGUUCUCGAUGUGCAGGGCACUCAGGUCUCCGGCACGCUGCCGCCCCAGUGGAGCUUGAUGACAUCGCUCACUUCUCUCGAUGUGCAGGGCACUCAGGUCUCCGGCAGUGUGCCCCCCCAGUGGAGCUCGAUGACAUCGCUGACGGCUCUCAAUCUGCGGGGCACUCAGGUCUCCGGCACGCUGCCGCCCCAGUGGAGCUCGAUGACAUCGCUCACUUCUCUCGAUGUGCAGGGCACUCAGGUCUCCGGCACGCUGCCGCCCCAGUGGAGCUCGAUGACAUCGCUCGCCGCUCUCGAUGUGCAGGGCACUCAGGUCUCCGGCACGCUGCCGCCCCAGUGGAGCUCGAUGAGAAGGCUUACACAUCUGCUGCUCACCGAUACUUUGUUGUCCGGCACGCUUCCUGCUGAGUGGAGUGCGCUGCAGUCGCUUGUUACGCUUCAGCUGUCCAGCAGUAAGGUCUCCGGCACGCUGCCGCCCCAGUGGAGUGGGAUGUCGAAGGCCCAGUCCCUGCAGCUGCAGGACUGCGACCUGUCCGGCAGUCUGCCCUCUUCAUGGUCUGCGAUACCGAUGCUGGCUUUCGUCUCCCUUAAGGGCAACAAGUUCUGCGGUUGUGUGCCUGACUCGUGGGAUCAGAAGGCUGGUCUUGUUGUGGACAUCGAGGACAAGCACAAGGGCAGCGACUGCACGACCGAUAGGGUGUGCCCGACUGCACCAGAGACGGAGUGCGAGGUGGAUGGGUGUGAGGUGUGCGAGGGGGACUCCGCUGCGAGGUGCGCCAGGUGCCGUGAGGACUACUUUCUGACGGACGAGAGGACGUGCCUGAUGCACAACGAUGGCGGUGUUGCUGCUGUGUCGAGCGGAGUGGCGGCAGCAGCUGUUGUGUGCGUGGCUGUGCUGUUCAGCGUGGGGCUGGCGGCGUGA